AUGAACGGAACGAGAUCCUACAAAUGGUACCUUGAGAAUGGUUGCGAAAUCGUGCCCCUGAAGCGGGGGAUCAGCCGGGAAAGCGAUUACUCCCUGAUGCUCCUGGACAUUCAGGCAGACUUCUCCGAGUUUCUGAUGGAAGAAAAGAACAUCAUUAGUGAUGAGAAGCUAGUGAACCAGGAGGGAAACAUAUUCAAUCUACAGAAAAAUCAGUGCACACAAAAGAAGAAGAAUGCGGGAUUGACAGAGCGAGAAAAGUAUGUGCACGAAAUUGACCAUCUGUGGGCCUACAUGGAAUGGCACUACAAUUUUGAGGACGAGAUAAAGGUGCAAAAGAGCAUAGUGAGCGAUGUAGGAAAAUUGAGGAAAGUCCCCAGAUUGUACGUAUCGGCCCAUAUAAUCGAUGGGAUUAUACAUGAAAUGUCCAAGAAUGAAAACAUAUGCAUGCUGAAGUAUACAACCUAUGACAGCUUUUACAACAAGUAUGGUAAUGAGAUGGAAAAGGUGAUGAAUCAGAAUGAGCGUACCAUUUACAAUCGGUGCAACUACAUAUAUGAAGUUUGCGAUGUGGCAGACAAGUCGCUCGUUUUUGCCAGUAGUCCCAUAAUCAAUACGACCAUAAAAAACGUCCUCAGUAUUACGAAGAGUGGGAAAAAAAGGGAAGACUUUAAUGAAGAGCAUGAGGAAAAGGAAGAUAUCGUACAGGACGAAAUUUGGCAAAUUUAUUUAUCAAAAAGGAUUAAGUGUAUAAACGAUCAGUGGCUGUUAAUUUGUAUCAACCAGGAAGUGAAGGAUAUUAUAAAAAACGGUGGACAUAUUUAUUUCAAAAUUUUUAAUAAGUACAUAAAAGAGUACAAUGAUUUUUUGAAAAGCCACAACUACAACACGUCGGAGAAUAAUAACGACAUCCAUAGUUCCAGCAUGUUUGGGGGGCACCAUGACAGACACAACAUGUUUGAGAUGAACAAUGGGCCAAAUGAAAGCCUAAACUCAGAGAAGCUUAAAAAGUAUCGAGUGAAUUUAAUUUUCUCGGGCAAUAAAGACAUUAAUUAUAUACUGUACAAGUUGUGCCUGAACUUGGGCAAAUUUAAUGACGCCGUGUUGUGCACAAAAAAUAAAACAUAUAACAUUCUUCUUAACGAUAUUGAUGGGACGCUAGCCAUUUGUUUAAAGUCGUUUUUUUCUAAGUACUACGGGAAUUGCGCGGAGGGGGCGAAUAAUGCGAUGGAGGAGGAGCUUGUCAAAACGCUGUCCAUUAUGGGACUCUGCAAGGAGAAACUCGUGCUGUCCGAGAAACCCACCAUUUUUAGCAACAUCGAGUUGCUGUUUCAGUACUACCUGAUUGUGCACAGUGAGUCGCUCGAGGUGGAAAUCGGCCAAAACGGUUGCGCAAACCAGGAUGGCGUUAUCUACCUGAGUAGGAAGGCCCUCUUCGGAAAUUUGCAGUUCUCCACGGAAGAAAUCUGCAGCUACCUACUGCACGUGCAAAAGUACAGCACCAACAACUUGCUGUUCGUAAAAAAUAGGGGCUUCCGAUACGUUAAGAGCGAAAUAAUAUACGAAUUUCUCGUUAAGGUAAUAGAGCUGGUAAGUAUCCACGACGAGCUGUACACGCAUCAUCACAUAGAACGGGGGAGAGAAAGUAUCCCGUCCUUUAAGAAGUACAGGGAGGACCUGCACAGAGUGGUAAGGAAGAGGUACGGCAUCACACUGCAAAGUUUAGUUAACCUUAUUCAACAGAACGAGACGGAAUUUGCUUUUUUACAAAAUAACAAAAUCCCAAUGGACACGUAUGUGAUCCUGCAACUGUGUUGGAAAUGUUGCGACAUCGAGAACAAGCACUUUGAUUUCUUCAGUCUGUACUACAAUUACUAUUUCUUUUAUGAAUAUUUGAAUAAACAUUCUGAGGAGCUUUCCUUCGAGGGCAUAUUUGACCAUUAUCUUCACUUCUUGGAUGACGACAGCAAGGUGGGUGAUACCGUGGUUUAUUUCAACCUCUAUAAGUUACACAACAUUAUGUCCUUAAACGUCCUGCGCUCCAGUGGCAAGGUCGUUAUUCACUCGGACGAACUUUUCACCUUCGACAUGGACAUGUUCACAUACGUUAAGUACAUCGACGAGAUGUUCAGAAACUUUAACUCCAACUUGAUGGAUAAAAUGAUACAGGACUUUAUCAAAUCUUACCAGUUUUUCCUCGACUAUGGUUAUGACAGGGGGGUGAGCAGUGACAAACUUCAUCCGGUUGCAGGAACAGACACUGCCACUGAUGCGCCGGAUGAUAUGGGUACCACCACCACCGGAGCUGACAUAUACAAAGACCGAGUGCUCUUCCGAAACAAUAAUAUCCUUAACGUUAGCAACAUAAAACACAUCUGCAACGACAGCUGCAUGUUCGAGUACUUCAUCGUGGUUAAGUACUACUACACGGAUAACACCUUUUCCUUGCUCGAGAAAAAACUGAAAAAAUUUAUCCACUCAGUGGAGGAAGAUUUCGCAAGUGCGCACAUGACAUCUGCCACGGAUUAUUCUUCCUCUGGAUCUGGAACGGGGGCAAGAGAGACUUCCUACGAGAUGAGACAAAACUAUAAAGCAAAUUGGAAAAAGGCCAAAAGCAACUACUCCUUGAAUUACAAAAUUUUUAAGUACCAAACGACUUCCUUCCCACAAAUACGCCUCAGCAAUAAUUACAACGAGCUGCUAUGUUCCGUGUAUACCCCCCUGUCUAUUCACUUUUCCAUUUUUCACGAAAACGUAAUUUACAAUAAAAAGCAGAACUCCUUCCAACUCAUCCCUUCCUUUUUGCUCAAGGAAAACUUGCGCAGCUGCUUAACUGCUCUGUUCACCUUCAAGAAUUCCUACUUCGCGCAGGAGUUCUACCCCUUUUUGAAUCCUCUGCUGAAUAACAAGGACCUGAUUGGUACAAUCGCCGUCCCACCGCUGCGCCACUGCAGGACAAAGCUCAUCGAACGCGAAAACGAAAAAAACUUGGAGUUCCUGGAAACCGGAAAUAUCGUCCUCUCGACGUUGAACAGUGACAUGAAGAGCUACACCAAGGACGGUGCCCAUUGUAGGAAGUUCGUUGAGAAGCUUUGUAAAUUGUACAACUGCAAUUUGCCCGUGAACAGCUUCUCCCCCUGA